UUUUCAGCCAAUCGGAAAACAGAGAUCGGAUACUGCAAACUGAGAGCGACUCCAGGAAGCUAGCCUUUUAGCCAAUGUGGAGCAAAACAUGGAUGGUUAACAAGCGAAGGUAUCAGAAAGGAGGAACACAUCUAGGCCUUGUGACUGCAGCAAACAGUGCCCGGAGAGAAAGAGAAUGGCAGCGAGGGAACGGAGCUGGGCCUGCUGCACAGACACUUGCACACAGCUGAGUGGGCCGGUUCUGUCGACACACACAAGGCUGUGUUGCUGCAACUGGAAUGCAGCGGGUUUAUCAUUAACUCCCUGAAAGGCAAUGGCGGCGGCAGCUGAGGCAGCUUGAACAGACUUGAGAAAUCCCUGGCUAAUUAGCAGGGCAGGGGCCAAGUCCUUGGAAAUGUGUGUGGCUCGCAAAAUCUACAGGGCAGCCAUUAAUCAGGGAUGGCUGUCUCUUCCUGCAUGGAUGAGUGGAAAGGCUGCAUAACCACAUUCCAGAUUCUGCACGUUCACUGCCUUCUGGGGAAAAAAAGAGCAGGCAUCUGUCACAGGAAGAGGAGCUCCUGAUAUGGCAAAUGACAGCACAGAAGAACUGCUGGUCAAGGAAGCACCCGAGGCUGAACACAUAUAUGACACAGUGACAUGCCUCGACAAAGCAGAGCAGAACCAACAACUGGCUGUGGAAGAGCUCAUCAACACAGAGACUAGUUAUGUACAGAAUCUUGAGCUGUGCAUUUCAGAUCUCCGUGAACACCUCCAGAAAAAGCAGCUGCCUGAAAUUGACCUGGAAGGACUGUUCUCUAAUAUAGAUGAUAUCCUGCAUGUCUCCAAAUGUUUCCUAAAAGGACUUGAAGCUACAAUGAACCAGGAGGAUGAGCAGCUCUCUCGUAUCAGCACCUUAUUCCAAGAGCUCAAAGAGGAGAUGGAGAAUGCCUAUAAAAUUUAUUGUGGUGACUACGAUCAAGCUCUUCUACUGCUGGAAAUUUACAGGAAGGACUCAAGACUGCAGAAAGAGAUUGUAGAUAUCCUGACUACCACAGUGCCUCAUACUGGUGCUUCAGACCUGAGCUUCUUCCUGGUGAUGCCAGUGCAACGAAUCACAAAAUACCCACUGCUACUGCAGAAGAUAUUGGAAAACACUCCGGACAGUGACAGCGCCUACGGAGCCCUUCAAGCCGCAGCUGCUGCUAUGACUGACGUCAAUGCCAAUAUCAAUGAGUACAAAAGACGCAAGGAAGUAGCAAACAAAUAUAACAAGGCUGGGUAUCUGACUCUGCGGGAACGCCUGGCUCGCCUCAACACCCACUCCAUUACCAAGAAGACCACACGUCUGAGCCGCCUCUUUAUGCAGGAGGCUGGAAUUGCGUCUAAGACAGAGGACAAGGAAUUUGAUUCGCUGGAAGAAAAGUUCCAAUGCUUGGCAUCGGCUGUAGCUGAUCUGAAGGAGAAUGUGGCAUCUUUCCUGAGCAAUACAGAGAUGUUCCUCAGCUCUACACCACAUGAGAACAAGCUGGAAAUAGAAGGAGGGACUACUCAACAAUAUUGCCACCUUGCAGGAAAACUCCACAGCACUGUCUUUCCUGAGUUUAAGAAAAGGCUGGAACACCUGGUGUACCUUCCACUGUGCAACUUGUCAGAGACUCUGAAGGGGCCUCAAAAAUUGAUCAGGAAGCGCUUGGACAAGCAGCUGGACUAUGAGGAAUUUGAGGAGAAGAGGAAUGAGACAGGCAGCUUGACAUAUGAAGAAGAGGCUGCCAUGAAUACUUAUCUUGCCAUUAAUUCAUUGCUUGUGUCUGAGCUCCCUGUGUUCAACCAGAUGGCCCUGCAAUGGCUAGGGCAUAUUCUCCGUAGUUUUGUGGCUCUCCUGCGGGAUUUGGCCAAGCAAGUUCUCCAAAAGGCAGAAGGGGAGAUUGUCCAGCUGCCAUACAGGCAUCUUCCUGCAGCUGAUUUUUGGAAGAUGGUGAAGGAUACAUUAAGCCAGGCUGAUGAUCAGCUGUGUUCCUACUGCAAGAAAUUUGAGACUGUUAUGCCAAGUCCUGUUGCAGAGCCUCUUAGCCCUGAAGAAGAGAGGAGGGUCCUUUCGCUUGUGAGCAAACAUGGCCCAGAAAAGCUGUAUCAAGUGACAAGCAACAUCAGCGGCAGCAAAAACAUGGACUUGACACUGCAGAGGGGGCAUAUUGUGGCCCUCCUGCAUGACAAGGACACCAAGGGCAACACUAACCGAUGGCUGGUGGAUACUGGAGGACCAAGGGGUUAUGUCCCAUCUGAGAAACUCCAACCAUAUCAUCUAGUCCAAAACGAAAAGCCCAGAAUGCAGAUGAUGGCCCCUGGAGGUGGUGUUAAGAAGAUGCAUCAUUCUUACAACUUGCCUCUGACUCCCAGCCCACCAGUUCAUUUCAGGACACCAGCUUUACAGGUAGUUGCUGGGUAUCCAUUCACAGCCAGGAGCAAUCAUGAGGUCAGCUUGCAAGCAGGCCAGCCAGUGACUGUCUUGGAACCUCAUGAUAAGAAGGGAUGCAAAGAUUGGAGCUUGGUUGAGGUGAAUGGCCAGAGGGGCUAUGUGCCUUCCAGCUACCUGGUAAUGGUGCCUACCCCAGAACCACCUGGAUGGGGCUCACCUGUUUUGCCAUAUCCAGCUCAGCAAACGUAACUGUAAGGAGGUACUCAAUUUCAGAAUCUGGCCAUACUUUCCCUUCCUGCCCUUUCCAUUUCCUCCAUGGGACUUGUCAUGUCAUGCAGUAAACAAAGAGGCAGGUAAAGGGACCAGCAGAUCUGUGGAUUGGCAUGAGUGCCAAGAGUAGAUUCAUUGCCGCCCUGGGCUCCUACUGGGAGGAAGGGUGGGAUGUAAAUAAAUAAAAUAAAAUAAAUCAAUGUCAUGUAUGUAUUGAAAAGAUGGGAAUGAAUAUGGGUGUGCAGCUGCACAGGGUGCCCUGACUUUUUAAAUUUUAUUUUCUUGACCUAGCACCUUCCACAAGUUCUCUGGGGGAAGCAUCUAAUACUGUACAAAUCUAGGCCUAGGCUCAAGAUCUCUGCAUCACUGGCCUUAACUGAUAAAUGGAUGUUCCCAAACCAAAGGUCCCUGUGAAAUGUGGCAAGUGCAUUAGAGGGAUAGAAGAUUGAUGUAUUUCUUUCCAUGAAAACCAUCUCAAUCUGCAUCGAUAGGCUUCCUCAAUAAAGAGACCAUGUGUCAUAGGUUAGUGGGAACACCCUUUCUGUUUUCAUUGAAGUAAUGUUCUCCUUUUGAUACUAUGUCAGCAGGAAAACAGCCAAAGAAAGUGGCUCAGUGUUUGCCACUGAUGUACGUGGCCCACUUCCAAAGUUGCUGCUAAGCCCAGUUUUUUUCUGUGGUAGUAAAUCCAUUUUAAUAAACUAGAUAAAAGUGCUGCAACAUAUGCUUGCUGUAGGUAGAAUCAUAAUAUAUUUAUUAUGUAGCCCGGCUCUGAUAGGCAAGUUGAAGUAUCUGAAGCAAAGAUAACUAAAAGUCAAGGAGGAAAAAAUGGUCAGCAGGGCAGGUGAGAAUGCAAGACUGCAAAAUAUUACAGGAGUUAUGGAGGAAGUAAAAUGCCAGACUCUAAGGUCUGGUUCACACAAUCGAUACAACACAAAUAUGGCCCUUUACUUGUUUUUGGUUUGCUUUCCUUCGGAAAGGAAAGGGGGGAAAGGAAAGGCACAAAGAAACAAACUGAAGUCCUUCUCCAGGCUUAUGGAUCAUAUGAUGCUACAGCAACUAGAAGUAGAUCGCGGGGGGGGGCAGAGCCUCUAUGUUUGCUUCCUGCAGGUGGGUUGCUGUUGCUUACUGAGGGGGAGGGAAGAGGCAGUCGAGAGGUUAACAUGGUGCAAAUGUGCUGGCAAGGAUGCCACAUUGGCUCUCCUGGUACGUUUGCACUGCUGCCUCCCCCCUCCCCCCCAAUAAUAAUGACUUACCUGCCGAGAAGCUAGCGUGGCAGCUCUGCCCUACCCAGCAACCCAAUUCUGGCAAGGACUACUCUGAUGUGCUGUUUUAUCACUAAUGCAGAAAAGAAUAAAUUGAAAAUAAUGGUAAGAACAGUAACAUCCAUUUCUUUCUUACCCGCCCUUCAGCAUAAAUUCCCAAGGUGGGUUACAGUGCUUUAAAAAUGAAAGAUUAAAAUCAGUUUAAACAAUUUACGAUCAGAAGAAUAGGGUGGGUUUUUACAAUUCAUGUACCAGGUGUCAAAGGCUAGGAUUAAUGAGGUGCCUGUUCCAUAGAAAUAGGAGAACUUUGAGUGAGGGGAGCCAUAGCUAUGAGAUCACCAUGGUCCCAGGUAUGCCUAAAUAUAGAUGUACAUUCAAUGCUACCAGUCAAAAGAAUAUACUCAUCUUUCCCACACUCACGUACUCACAAUAAUCUCAGAAUGGUUUUGGCACCAGCAUCAAAAACCAAUGUCUUCAUUUACCUGAAGGAUCAAGACUAUGUGAAACAUUUAGAUGUACUAAUGCUCCUGUAUGUGGCUGAUAAUGCAGCUCAUGCCAUUUUAAAAUUUAGCAGGGCUCUUCAGGUGUAGCUCUUGAAAAAUACAUGGGUUUGCUCUUUGAUGUACAACAUUUGAUGUGAGCUGGAGGACAAAAGAUGUGGAUAACAUUAUGUUGUAAUUGAUCCUCUGGAUCAACACUGCACAUCCCAACACACAGGUUGAAGUUGCUUCGCUUUGUGAGAGGCUGGUGGAGCAGCAGCCAAGUGAGGAUCUUGCUCCCCAAAGCUUCUUUUGGCUUUUAUUUUUAUUGUAGAGUUUUAACUCUGAAAUAGCUGCUACUCUGUGUCUGUAUAAACAUUGCCAGAAGAAGAAGUAAGGUUAUCAUCGCACCACUAAUGUCAAUAACGUGGGCUAUCCCAAUCAUGUGAAUUGAGUAUGAAAUGUCUGACUCCUCUUAUGUGUGUCAGAGAAAGGACACUGCUGCGUAUUGCAAUCUGUGGAUGCUCCUAUAAAAUGCCUUAUUUAAUUUGAUACCAGGAACCACUGAUGACGAUGCUGUGAUUCCUGUGUGACCAUUCCGCUAUGUUUCAGGCUCUUUAUAAUUGCUGUUUUGCACUGCAUUAACUGUGAGAAGUAAACAGUAUUGAUCCUCCAUUCAAAAA